CUUUGGAAAAAAAUUCUAUACGCCUUGCCGUUUUCUUCUUUCUUUUGCGAAGCGGCUUCCUUAUAUCAGUUCGAAAUGUUUUCCGAAAAUAUCGAAAUACGGAACCAGCAUUUCUAGUAGGAGCAAGAGGAAUAACAAUAUUGGUUCUUUUAGUUUUGUUAGGAGGAUAUUUUGCUAUUUUAACGUAUUUAUUGGCGACUGAUGGUGAUGUUAUUAAAAGUAGUUUACAACCUUCUACGACAAUUCCUAUUCCAGAUGGUAGCGAAUCAACAUCCCAAGAAUGUUCACAAUAUGUCCUUCAACCAUCAUGUAAUAAUGUAACCUCAGAUGAUCGUUGGCACGGAUACUUUACAGCGACAGAAGACCUUGUAUUUAAUCAGACAGAGAAACGAUACGCGAUGUACUUUACAAUAAAUAUUGAUGAUCCAAGAUACGAUCGAACAAAUGAUAAAGGGAUGAUGAUAAAAGCUUUUGAUUCGGAAUUUAAUCCUCUUACUGUUCCUUUGAGCGUUAAUAAGUCAGCAAAUGAUAUAGAUGGUGAAUUCUAUCAAUCACUUGAUGAUUUGAACUUACACGUUAUUGGAUUUCAACAAAUGAAUUGGAUGUUUAUAACCAGACAUAUUAGAAAAAAAGAAAUUUCAAAUUUUUGGACUUUAUUAGGAAUUCCACCGCAAAUUUUUGAUGAGAAAUAUAUUACUUCAAACUACGAAUCUGUAACAAAUCCCCCAAAUACACAACCAGUCUUUGCUAAUCAGUCUAUUACUGGUCAACAAUUAUAUGCUAAUUUAUUUGUUGGAACAAUGAAUUGGUUCGUAAAUGUAGAAACGGAGGGAAAGUUAGUAUUUUUUACCAUAAAAUAUUCGCAUCCUAAUCAUAAAUCAUUCCCAAAAUUUCGAGUUGUAAUCUUGAUUACGGAUUCUCUUAGUUUGCUCGCAGGUUUCUAUGGUCUUCUUAUCGGAAUAUAUAUAUUAUUGUUCGGAUUUUCUCCGGUUCAUCCAUGGGGUCUCUGUCAAAGCUUCUUUUUGCGUCGUCGUAUAAAGAAAGAACUUCACAAACAAUAUCCAAAAUCAAUUCCAUUACUCGAACGACCAAGUGAUGAUGAAACUUUAACUGAACGUAUAAAUUAUUUAGAACAAUUUUUAAAACAAUUUUUCUGCGAUGUUAGUAUUAUGGCAGAUAUUAAAGGUGAAAAUGAUUUGAAUAAUUUUGAAGAUACUGUUGAAGAUACCGCUGAAAAGAUUGAAAAUGGAAAAUUUGGGAAGCAUUAA